AUGGCAUUGAGGCCAGUUGUUUACUGUAAGGCUGAUGCAGCAUAUCUUUGCCUUUCCUGUGAUGCAAAGGUCCAUUCAGCAAACACACUUUUUAACCGGCAUCUCCGUACUCUCCUGUGUGACUCAUGCAGGUUCCAUCCAGCUUAUGCUCAGUGUUUGGACCACCAGAUGCUGAUGUGUCAUGGCUGUGACCGGAGCCUGCAUGACGUCUUCUCCCACCAUCAGAAACGGCUAGUCAGUAGCUACCUAGGAUGCCCUUCUGCUAAAGACUUCGCAUUACUGUGGGGUUUUCAAUUUGGGGAGCUGGAUAAAUGUGUUACUAAAGAUCAGCUUGUUUCCACCUCAUGUUCUUCUGUGCAACCUAGUGCAUCAAAAUUUGACAUUCCAGGAAAGUCUUACCAACAAAUUGGACGCUUUUCUAGAAAAUCUGGAGCGAGUUGCUCAACUUUGGUCUCUGGUGCUGAGUCGGAGGUUGGAUCAGGCAGUCAACGACCUGAUGAGAUUCUUGAUUUGAAAAGGCUUCAGCUCACUGAUGCUGACAGCAAUUCUCCUAUAAUACGUGGUCAAGAACAUAAAAUUGUUUCUUCUUCAAUGCUGACCACUACGAAGAAUCUUGAUGGCAAUCUCAAUCAUUCACAUCAUUUACAAGAUCUUAUUGCCAGUCUUCAGCAAACUGACUGCCAACUUCAGGGUCUAAAAGUGGAUUCUUUGCCUUUGUCAUUUUCUCAGCCAGAACAUUUGCCUUUCUUUUCAACUGCUGCAAAUGGUUUGCUUGGAGAAUCCUUUUGGCCAUGCAAGGGUCCAAUACAAAAUAGUCAGGUUUGGUCAAAUCACUGGAAAAAGUGGGUUUUGCAUAAUCAGCUGUAG